GGGCAGUAGUGCUCCUGGGCCGCAAAGAUGGCUGCCGAAAACUACCAUCUGAAGUGGGAUUCGCAUCUGUCCUAUUUGAAUACUUCCAUAUCCACCCUAUACAAAAAUGAAAAGUUCGCAGACGUUGUACUGUACAGUUCGUACAACAAUUGUGGCAUCAACUCGGAUAUUCCCACCGUGGGCAUAUCGGCGCACAAAUUCAUACUGAGCUCCUGCAGCCAGUUCUUUGCUACUAUGUUCGAUACGGCGCCCAUAAAUAAUCAAUCACCCAGCGGCGUCUUCUACAUUGUGCUUCCGCCCGAUUUGAGUCAUCGUGCCAUCCAAAUCCUGGUGCAAUACAUGUACAGCGGCGAAGCCACAGUCUCCAACGACAUUCUCAACGAAGUGCUGCGUGGCGGCGAAAUGCUGAAGAUACGAGGACUCUGUCGCACCAGCUCUGGUGGCGGCUCAAGUGGCACCAGCGCUGCUCAUCAUGGCCACCAUCAUGGUCUACAUCAUCAGCGCGAGCCAAGCGGCGCUGUUUACAUCUCCAAUGGCACACGCUCUUCAUUAGCGCCGCCACCGCCACCGCCGCCUCCAUCGAUGUCGUCGACACAGCUUUCCAGUGAUAUGUACAGCAACAAGGCGAGCAGCAGCAGCGGCAGCAUCUCGGCACGCUACUCCCUCGAUCAUCAUCAUACGCAUCAACAACAGCAUCAGCCACCGCAUCACUCUCAUUCCCAUCAUCAUCAUCAUCAGCAGCAGCAGCAACAAUUUCGCGGCUUAGGUGCUUCCGUCAUGCCAAAAGACAGUCCAGUGAUUGUCAAGUCACCGAAAAUGGCCAGCCAUACGGGUGGAUUGCUGAGUGUAGCCACCAGUAGCAGUAAGAUGCAUGCGAGCAGCGUUGGUGGCAUAUCUGUCAACAAGGAGGUGGCCAUCGAUCCUGAGGACAAGUGCUGCUAUGCGGCGUCGAGUCAAGUCGAAAGUCUACCACAGUCCACAGCAGCUGGCUUAGCAGCGUCUGCACCACCGCCACCGCAACAAACACAAGCACCUCCCAUGUCGAUUUGCACAGAAGUUGGCUGCAGCAGUUGUCCACUGGCUGCGCCGCCCACCGAGCCUGCGGAGCCAUCUCUGCGCCGGCCAGACUACGCAGAGCGCGAGCGUCUUGUGGAGGAAUCGCUCUGCGAGCGGGAACGUGACGAUGUGGGUUUGGUUUAUGAACGUCGUCUGCGUCGCGAACGUUCCUGUGAGCGUGCUCCGCCUCAUGAGUACUUUCCGCAUGAUGCCUCUCACUAUGAACACGUUGUGAAGCCCUACGAAGUGCCGCCAGCAGUUGUGCCACGUCUGGCCAGCUCACCGCCACAUCCGCACAGUUUUCUGACCAUCAAACAGGAGCCAACCGAUUGGUCCAACAAUCCACCAGUGACGCUAGCCAACGACAACAACAAUCACGAGCACAGCCAGGAGGCGCCGCUGUCGCCCAAACAGCCGCUGGACUUCAAGAUCAAUGCCGUCAAGCUGGAGGCGAAUGCCAGCAAUCAGGACGAUUCGGAGGAGCACACGCUGCGUGAUUACAACAACUUCAAAGUGCUCAUUUGCGAGAUAUGCCAGAAAUCGUUUGAGGACACCAAGACGCUGGUGCGUCACCUGGGCACACAUGCAGCCGAGCCGACAGCAGCAGCUGCAGGGAGUGGCAUGCCUGGGAGUGCAACAGGCAGUGGUAGCAGCAACGGCAACAACAACAACAGCAGCAACACUGCCAACAGUCACAGUCACAGCAAUCUGGCGCUGAGAGCGCUGAAAACCUAUGUGCCAAAGAAGCGACGCAGAGUCUCGGUGAGUGCCGUUGGAGUAGCCGCUACUGUAUUGGACAAGCCCUUAACUCUUCCCAUCCCACAGCAACAGGAGAACAAUAUGGAUCAUGUGACCCUGCUCUGCGAUCUCUGCUCCACCUCGUUUGAAACGCCCGCGGAGUGGGUGCGUCAUAUGAAUAGCCAACACACGGAGAUCGAGCUGGCCAUGUUCAAUAGCAAAAAGGAUGGCGAGCAGAAGGGCAGCAGCAACAACAGUGGGAGCAACAUCAACAGCAGCUCAUCACCGAAUCCAACUGCCUCCAUCAGCCAAUUGCAACACGCAACCGUCAGCUCAGCAGCUGCACCUGUGCCCCAUAAAAAGUACAUCAAUGCCAGCCGACAGAUGACCAUCAGCAGCAGCAACAGCGAUCGAGGUGCCACAACAGCAUCGCCAGGUUUGACACAGGCAUGAGGCGGAGGCAGUGCAUCAGAUACAACUACAACCAAAUUAAAAGCAACAACAACAAGACCACCACCAGAGUCAGGCCACGAGUGAGAGAAGCAAUAAGAUGAACAUUUUUUGAACAAAAUCAAGUCGUUCCAGUAAAUCAAAAGAAGAAAAAGAACAAAAAAAAAAAAAAAAAAAAAGAUAAAUAUUUAUAUUGAACAAAUAGCAAGAACCGUGAUCAAAAAUGCAGAAACAAACACAGCAUAUUUUAUAGAGCAACUAAAUUUAAAACUAAAACUAAACAAAGCUAAUGGACGCUUUUCAAAGUGUCUAAAAACGAAACUGUAAACGAAUCAACUUUAAGAUGGAAAAGUCAGGCAACGAUGCAAAUGAAACACAAAAAAAAAAAAGGAAAACAAACGAUUAACAAUUUAAC